ACUAGCCCCGGGCAUGCGUCUGUCAUACCGCUGCGUACUUCCACCAUAAGUUCUACACCCAAUCCACGUCUGUCUCCUCAACUCCUCGCUUGGCUCGCGAUCUCGCAACCUCACCUCAAACUUCCAUCUCAACCCCCCCUCUCCCCCCCGCGCUGCCCCCAUUAUUCAUUCUGUUUCUUCUCCUUUCCUGUCGUUGGCUAGGGCCUGCUCUCGUUUCUUUGGUCGGGAAGAUUGGCCUGCUCUCGCCAUUGAUCGGAUCUUGUUUUGUUUGGACCAGCGCCUGGAACACGGUUCCCGUCCGAUGUUAUGCCUAUCUUAUCUAUCGUAACUGCGGCACUCAGGCCUCUGCUUUUGGCUAAUUGACAUUUAUACCAGUCGCUAUAUCAAUCAAUUCUGCUUCCAUCUCUCCGUUGUUGUCCUUCCGCCAAUGCUCAAUGGUUCAGAUAUCUGUUUCCUGUCCACCUUGUAUUGAUCGUUGGUCGUUGCACUCCGUUGCGCAAUUGGUACAGGUCAAAGAAAGCCUCUCUCCCCCGCUUGUCGCGAACCAGCCGCUUGUGAAGCGCGACCGGAGUAGGCGACAUCAUGUUACUGCGGCCAGCAACACCGCUCUCGGUUCUCCUCCUCACAGCCUUUAUUCUAUUACUGCUCUCUGUUUUGUCGACGCCAGUUAUCAAGUCGAUACCCCUUGCUAGUGUUGACGAUAUCAAGUUUGGCAUUUUUGGGUAUUGUGUAGGCAAUGAUUGCACGCCUAUCCGUGUGGGGUAUACUUCGAAUGGCGAUGCGUCCCGAGAUGGGGAUUUUAGCCUUCCCUCAAGCGUCCGCCAUUCGCUAUCCUCUCUUUUAAUCGUCCAUCCAGUUGCAGCAAUCCUCACCCUUACCUGUUUCGGCUUGGCAGCUGCGGCUCAUUUCCAUUCCCCAUCUCAUUCGCCCCGAUAUCUCCUUGGUCUUCUCAUCCUUCUCCUACCGACUCUUCUCGUAUCGCUCCUUGCAUUCCUUGUUGAUAUCCUUCUCUUCGUGCCUCAUUUAGAAUGGGGCGGGUGGGUUGUACUUGCAGCAACUAUACUGAUUACUGCGAGCGGGGUCCUCACUUGUGCUAUGCGACGGACGCUUGUAAGCCGAAAAGCUCAGAAAAAAAGAAUUGCAGAAAAUGCGGAAAUGAGCGGGGAGAACUUCUAUAAUCGUCAAAAUGUUAUAAAAUUGGAUCCCCCGCCGGUUAUACCGAACCAGAACGAGGUUUCCAUGGACAGCACGUCUUCGCCGGACUCUCUUCCAGCGUUUGCACGCUUUGAAGCCAAUUCGAGGACGCCUGAUGAUGAUAGGCGGCCUCUGAAUUCUGGCACCCCAACCAGCACGAGCCCCGAUGGCGGAAACAACAUUCGCCUCCCAGGUGAUAGACGUAGUCCCCCGGCUCAUGACGGCAGGCCCUACAAUUCUCCGGUGGAUGAGUACGGCAAUCCGCUUCCACCAGGUGCUACCGGUUUUGGACCACCCCAGAUGCGGGGGCCGCGAUCAGAUCCCAGAUUACGGAAUCAGUAUUCGAAUAGUAGUAUGGGAUCCCAGCGCGGCCGUGGACAUGCCUAUGGGCCGCCUCGUGGGAGGGGUGGAUACCCUAUAAGAAGCCGAGGAGGUUCAUAUCGUGACCCAAGAGGGCCGCCUCCCCAUGGUUACGGGAUGCACGGCGGAGGAGGUCCAAUGGGCCGGGGAACGAUGCGUGGAGGUCGAGGACCACCUCCAGGUUACCCUCCGGAGGUGUUAGGUGCAUAUGCCCCGUACGGGGCGAGUCCUCCUAAUCCAGAUGGGUACGGAAACCCAGGUAGUCACGCAGACUAUGGAUAUGAUGGUGCGCGAGGCCCAUCUCCAGUUGGGCCUGGAUAUACUUCUGGUCAAGAUUUUGAGAUGCAACCCGGGUUGGGUGCGAGCUCGGUAGCAGAUCACGGACGAGACCCUCACAUUCCAAUGGAUAAUACCGUCGCUAGGGGGAUCGUUGGUCCUCACCCAGAGGAACAAGUUAAUCAACAUGAUCGAAGUCCAAACAGCCCGUACAAUGAACAAGUCGAAUAUAUUCCACCCAGAGCGGCAUGGGAGGAACAUUUACGGGAACCCACCCUUCCGGUGAUCGCACGCCAAUCUCCUAGCCCAAAUGGCCAAGCAUACGAGUCAAGGAGUCUGGAACGUCUCGCUGGAGACACCACGCAACCACCAAUCGCGCGUUCCACUUCACGGGGCGAUUAUUACGAAGAUGUUGAACCCCGUUUCUCAGAACCCGGUGAUGUGCCUGCUGCACUAACACCCGGCGCUCUAGCGAAACCAGCCAUUUCACCUCCGUAUCCCAACGCGGCGUAAACCCUAAGUGGCGGUCUCCAGAAGCCGAAAUUAGACGUGACAAGCAAAGGCGACAAGAUAUGCUACUGGGUAAUAAUCCAGAUUUCGAACUUCCGGCGGUGAGAGGUCGUAGUGGGGGUCCAGGUAGUAGGAGAACACCAGCGGCGCCAGCUAUGCCAUCCAUCCCGGCUACACCGCCACUACUGAACAAUGGUCCUAAUGAUGGCGGUGGUAGAUAUCCUACACCUACACCUCAGUGAAGCUCUAUUCCACUAAACAAUUUCGACAUUAGCCCUGGAUAUUUGUCUGGCAUAUAUAUUGCGUUUGGGGCAACCGAAUUAUUGAACUUCUUGUGCUUGAUCAUAUAGCUCCCCUCCGCUAUAUCGCACAACGAGCUCUGUUGGGGUAAAACGUCAUGCAGCAGUUCGAUUUUCCUUUGAGUGUUGGAAUUAUACUGACGCUAAUUGAUGAUUUUUGGUUGCUGCUGUGUAAAAUAACCAUGGGAUGCGCCUCAUACCUGAAUGAAAUACCCCUGACAUAGCAAGGUUCUUCUUUGUAUCACCUCGCACACACUUUAACUAUCCACCUGCAAUUUCCCAUUGAGCAGCUGCACUACGCUUCUUGCUGAUUCUUUACAUCCUGGACAUUGGUUUUCAACCUUGCCUUUUUGUUGUACUGUAUACUGUAUAUUUUGAUCUGCUUUGUUGUUUUAUGUCUUACUACUUGAAUACCAGUUUCCGCUGCAUUCUUCUGUACCAUCUUCGUUUUAUUCCCAUUCUCUUCUCUUUCACAGCCGUUUCAGUUACCCUUCCCUCAUCUAUGCUGACACCAUAGUAUAUUCCAGCGGAAGCUGGGGCGCCGCAAUGUUUUCCUCCUUUUCCUCUUCCAUGUUCAUAUAUUUAUUCUCGUACCUUUCUUUCCUUUUUUUCCCCUUCCUUCUUGUCUGUUAUCCACCCACCACCUCCCUACUUUGGGGAAUUGAAUUGGCGCACUGGUUUAGCCAUAUGGAUUGAUGAUUUUUCAUGCUUUGUUUUUGGGACUGUAAUUUUUUCUGAUUUGUCUUGUCUACAUACUCGUCUUGAUGGAACACUUUGUUCUUAUUUUCAAUGUCUCUUGAGCAAAUUAGGAUGGGAUGGACAGACUAAUGCAGGUUCAAUCGUUUUUUUCUUGUUUUUUUGUUGGGUUCUUCUGAUUAUUCCUUUUGGUUUUUGAUCCUUUCUUGUGAUUUUUCCCCCACCUUUGUCCAUUCUCCUUGAACUAUCUACUCACAGUGAAAUGGCCAUGUGGUCCUCACUUUAACUUCAACAUGAUUGUUAGAGAGAGAUCCUUCUUUCUUUUCAGUCAUGAUACUUUCAUUGUCUAAUCUUGAAUAUCUUCAACUCUCUGCAUGUAAAGAAGACUGGGGGAAAAGCUUCAUGCUGUUUAAUAGAAAGCUUUUUAAUUCUCUCUUCAUGAACUUUAAUCAGAUUUAUAUGUAGUUUGCCAGUUUCUCUCAGCUCUACUGAUUUUUUCCUUUCACCUAUUUCAUCAUACGUUUUCUCAAUUUACACCCAUCCGGUAAUUAUAGUGGUCGGUCUCCAAUCUGUUAACAAUUUUUUUUUUCUUCUGAUGGUUGUACAGAGUACAGAGUACUACGGAGUAGACCUUAGUAAGCUUGAAGCUAACUCCUGA